GGCCCCGAUGGACUGAAUGAAGGCUGCCUACACCGCCUAUCGAUGCCUCACCAAAGACCUAGAAGGCUGCGCCAUGAACCCGGAGCUGACAAUGGAAAGUCUGGGCACUUUGCACGGGCCGGCCGGCGGCGGCAGCGGCGGGGGCGGCGGCGGGGGCGGCGGGGGCGGCGGCGGGGGCCCGGGCCAUGAGCAGGAGCUGCUGGCCAGCCCCAGCCCCCACCACGCGGGCCGCGGCGCCGCCGGCUCGCUGCGGGGCCCGCCGCCGCCCCCGCCGAGCGCGCACCAGGAGCUGGGCACCGCGGCGGCGGCGGCGGCGGCGGCGGCGGCGUCGCGCUCGGCCAUGGUCACCAGCAUGGCCUCGAUCCUGGACGGCAGCGACUACCGGCCCGAGCUCUCCAUCCCGCUGCACCACGCCAUGAGCAUGUCCUGCGACUCGUCCCCGCCCGGCAUGGGCAUGAGCAACACCUACACGACGCUGACGCCGCUCCAGCCGCUGCCACCCAUCUCCACGGUCUCCGACAAGUUCCACCACCCGCACCCGCACCACCACCCGCAUCACCACCACCACCACCACCACCAGCGACUGUCGGGCAACGUCAGCGGCAGCUUCACCCUCAUGCGCGACGAGCGCGGGCUCCCCGCCAUGAACAACCUCUACAGCCCUUACAAGGAGAUGCCUGGCAUGAGCCAGAGCCUGUCCCCGCUGGCGGCCACGCCGCUGGGCAACGGGCUGGGCGGCCUCCACAACGCGCAGCAGAGCCUGCCCAACUACGGCCCCCCGGGCCACGACAAAAUGCUCAGCCCCAACUUCGACGCGCACCACACUGCCAUGCUGACCCGAGGUGAGCAACACCUGUCCCGCGGCCUGGGCACCCCGCCCGCGGCCAUGAUGUCGCAUCUCAACGGCCUGCACCACCCGGGCCACGCUCAGUCCCACGGGCCGGUGCUGGCUCCCAGCCGCGAGCGGCCCCCGUCGUCCUCGUCCGGCUCGCAAGUAGCCACGUCGGGCCAGCUGGAGGAGAUCAACACCAAAGAGGUGGCCCAACGCAUCACGGCCGAGCUGAAACGCUACAGCAUCCCCCAGGCGAUCUUCGCCCAGAGGGUGCUGUGCCGGUCUCAGGGGACUCUCUCCGACCUGCUUCGGAAUCCCAAACCGUGGAGUAAACUCAAAUCGGGCCGAGAGACCUUUCGCAGGAUGUGGAAGUGGCUGCAAGAGCCGGAGUUCCAGCGCAUGUCCGCCUUACGCCUGGCAGCAUGCAAGCGCAAAGAGCAAGAACCAAACAAAGACAGGAACAAUUCCCAGAAGAAAUCCCGCCUGGUGUUCACGGACCUCCAACGCCGCACGCUCUUUGCCAUCUUCAAGGAGAAUAAGCGCCCGUCAAAGGAGAUGCAGAUCACCAUUUCCCAGCAGCUGGGCCUGGAGCUCACCACCGUCAGCAACUUCUUCAUGAACGCCCGGCGCCGCAGCCUGGAGAAGUGGCAGGACGACCUGAGCACAGGGGGCUCCUCGUCCACCUCCAGCACUUGUACCAAAGCAUGAUGCAAGGACUCUCACCUGGGCACAAGUCACCUCCCAAGGACGACGACAGAUACCAAACGAAAUGCAAAGGAAGAACACGUCGGAUUCUUCUCUGGGGCCCUUCACUGGUGAUUUGAAAGCACAAUUCUCUUGAAAAGAAACUUCUAGCUGUAAUCAUAGGCCAGGUGUUCUUUUUGUUGUUGUUGUUGUUUGUAAUGGCUACAGAGUCCAAGUGCAAGCUGAAAAUGAAUCUCUCUGAACCAGACACUGUCUUCUGAGCAGACUAAGCAACCCAGAAAUCCAAAUGGGGCCUUCCUGAAGCCACUUCAUUCCACUAUGGUGUCAACUAAACUCAGCAUUGCGUGUCAACAGUCCACUGCGGGUCCCAUCAAACCUCUUAAUUCAGUUUGCACUGAAAACCGUGUGGAUUUGGCCUGUGUGAGGACUCUUGAGUUUAGACUUCCAAGACACUACGAUUAGAGAAGAAUCUAGCAACAAGAAUGACCUCAUUUGCUUUCCAAGUGCUUAGCCUCAUUCUCACAGUACACCAAAGUUCACAGCCAUAACAUUUAAACACAAACCAAAAAACCCAUCAGAAUGAUAAUUACUGAGCACAAGUUUUAAAAUAUGGAAAUAAAAAUAAUAGAAGUCCAAGGACCUGAUUUUCCAACUCAGGCACCUUUUCAUUGAAUGGUUUAGAAAGCUUUCAGUUGACCUUCUUUAUGGUUUUCUUUUCUUCAACCUCCUGGAGAUCUCAUGUGGUCUUGGAUCCGUCAAAAAAUAAAAUAAAAUUAGUUCACUUGAGCUCAAAAUAUCAAGCACAACAAAGAUGAACAGAAAUAAAAGAAGGUUCUGGAUUCGCCACAUCUGGAUUUUCAAGACACCUGUUGUGAAGUCAUUAGGGAAUUGUUGGGAACAUGGCUUCAAGCACAUCUUGCAGUUUGAUACAAAUUUUGUUUGUACAUAAUGCAGACGCACACUCAGAAAGCCAACUUAACUGUUACGGUACCUGGAGCGA